AGUGCACUAGUACUAAAGACAGCUUUUAGGAACUAUUUCAGUCAAUCAUCGGCAGAGGUGAGGUGAGGUGAGCUGAGGAGGAGUUCAUGGAGAUGGAGGGCAGGGGUCUGUCUGACCUGUUCAGGAACACCAGCGAGGAGAUCUUCCUCAAGGCGGUGAUGGAGAACUCGAUCGGAGUGGCGGCGCCGCCGAGCAUGGAGAUGAUGGGGUUCAGAAACAUGUCGCAGAGCUUCAGAGAAGACAGCGAGGAGUUGUUCAACAGCUGGCUUAUGAAUGGAGAGAUUCCAGGCUUUAGUCACCUGAAUAAUCGACCUCGACAACCAUCUAGGUUGUCAUCAGAAGCAGGUGCCUUUCCUAAUCAACAACAUGACAUUGCUCGACAAAAUUACCUUGUCGACAACUUGAUCCCUGAGAAUUGUGCAGUUCCUCCUGAAUAUGUGAAUAACCAUAACCAGCAACCACUCAAGAAUGCAGCAGAGAAAGGGAUGCAAGCCAGUGAUCUACUUUUGGCAAAGACCUGGUUUCACUGCACUCAACCAAUGACUAGAAGCAGAUCUUCAGAACUGAGGAGGCGGUAUGCUGCAAUGCAGAGUAAUGUGUCACCAAUAACUACAGGAACUAUGAGAGCAGCAAACCAAUUGAGACUAGAUUUUACCAACACAAAUGCAGCAAACAGUGCCCCAAUGGGUAGCACUCCACUUCAGACUUCGACAUUUGUAUCUCCUUCAUGUUCAUCGACGUCUCCUUUGGACAAUCCUCAUAUGCUAGCUCAAGAUACUGUUACAUCAGUGGUGAGCAUGCUCAAGGAUACGCUCGAGCGUAAGAAGCUCAGUAGCCCUGCCAACAGAGAUAUGCCACAUGGCAACCCUUUUGGCUUUUACGACAACCAGCAGUUUCAACAUAACAUUCUUGGAGGAGCAGAUAUGUUCCCCCUGGUGACAAAUGGACAUGUUCAGGACUCUCUGAUGCUUCCUGAAGUCGAGAGGCCCACCGAACCAAACGCCGAGAACUUUGUUGCUCCUGCAAACCAGAUUUGGAUCAGUGCAGCGUCUCGUGAACCUUCACAGAGUGGAUCAUCUAAUGCUCUGACGGCUCAAUCAGCCGGUUUUGAAGUAUGUGAUGAGCUACGUCCUAUGGGGCAAUCAUUGUCUGUGUGUGAGAGCACUAGAAAAAAUGUUGCAAAUGGGACAGCUGACUGCAGAUCAAACGGCAAAGAUUACGGCGAGAAGGUACUAAAAGAUAAUUUGAAAGAUGAAAGAAAGAGAGUGGCCCUGUCACGAAUGGGGUCCGUCUCAUCAGAACAAGCAGUUGAUAGAGGAGAUCCUACGAAGAAACGCAGGGUUGAGCGCACACGCAAAAUGGCAGAAGCAAAGGAAAGAAGUUCCACCCCGGUAAUACCAACCGACAUGCAAGCGGUGCUCAAGCGCUGCGAAAACCUAGAGAAGGAGGUCAGGUCACUAAAGCUUAACUUGUCAUUCAUGAACCGGAAGGAUUCAGAACAGACGAAGCAGAUCGAGGAUCUUCAGAAGCAAAACGAGGACAUGGCAGAAGAGAAAGAGAGGCUGAUAGAGGAGAUCGAACGAAUGGCCUCUGGCACCAUGGCGUGAUCGCCUAGCCCUUACAGCUUUAUAAACUAAUAGCAGUGGACUUGGAAUGAGUCCCUGCUCACUAGAUACAGAUAUACACCCAAUUAUAGUUGAUGGUCUGGAUGUACCAUUCUUUUCGUUCUAUGUUUUAUUGUAAUCUUUAACAGGUACUAGUAUCAACAAGAACAGAUUGGCAAUUGCAUAUUAA